AUGUCUCACGAUUUCCCCUCCAAUCUUGAAACCACUUUUCUCCUGCUCGUUCUCCUCUCCGAGUGGCCCCCCUUUUCCCUAACAUCAUCCCCAUCAACUCAAGCAAAGAUGUUUUCCAUUCGAUUUUCGUCAUUUUUGGCAGUUUCCCUUCUUCAAAUUGUCACCUCAGAUUCGAUUGAACAAGACCAUCAAAGGAUACGCAAAAGUCCUUUGGCUGACUACUCGGAUGCCAUUCAGCCGUUCAUCCGUUUCCGACGAGCCGGCGAUGAACUUGAUGAGGGAAAUCUACAGCAUUUCUUGCGAUUUAGGAGCGGAGGUGACGAGAAUCUUCAGCCAUUCCUUCGUUUCAGACGUCAAUUCGACGAUUUGCACCCGUUUUUGCGCUUUCGGCGAUCCGUUGAUGUCGAUCAACAAAAAGGCGUUCAACAACAAGAAAUGAACCAACAAAAGCUUCGACCCGAGCGUUCGUGG